AUGGGGAAGGUCUGCUUGAAGCUGAAAAGUUUGACACAGCCCGGACCGUUGCGACGUUCAGACAUCUCUCGUCACAUUGUCGUUGUCAAAGCGAUGAUGACCAGCCAUUGCAGGCUAUUACCGCAAGGAACCUACUUACCAGGAUGCCGCGGGCAAUAUGCAGACUGGACGGGCUGCAAUCUCAGCGUGACGGACAAUUCUGGCCAUCUGACGAUCCAGUUCGAAUUGGCUGGCACCCAAUGGACUAGGCAUCUGGUCAAAAUGGACGGCAAGGUGUGGUGCAGCCUGCAGGAGAUACAAGUACUAAGAUGGAUCGCUGAAGACGGCGACAGUGCUGAAGCCGCGGCCGUUGUUGAAGGCCUCUCGGUGAAGCACUUGCCCCGGAGUCGGUACCCUUGCAUAUUUCCCCAUCAGGCGGCUGAAUCCCACGAGGUUCUAGAGCUGCGCGCGCGUCAACUUGCGGUGGCAGCCAUCGGGUGCGCCGUCGCCAGGUUCUCCAAUUGGCAGCCGCUUGGCCAGUGCGGCAGACUUUGUCUCGCAGUCCUGUCGAAGGGAUCAUUGAUGUUACACCAGUCGCUGUCUGCCGGGAUGGCUCGGAAGCUGGUCGAUGCUAAGACAUCGCUAGAGUCAACUCUAGCUCGGCUAUCGCAUCGCCUCGGAAUCAGAUAUUUUUGGGUGGAUAGAUGGUGUAUCGACCAGGCUAGUGAGGAUGACAAGGCUCAGGAGAUCCCCCGGAUGCGAGACUAUUAUAGAGGCGCCAGCGCAUGCUUGGUGCUGGUAGGGCCUGACGCCAAGCGGUUUGGCUGUGUGCCUCAGCAGACCGGGGUGAUUCUAUCAGCGUCACAACAGCUACGCCUGAACAAGGACGGCCUGCGCUCGGUGUUUUCUAGCAGCUGGUCAUCGAGGGUCUGGACUAUGCAGGAAGCCUUGAUGUCCCGGCAGACUAUAUUCGCCGUACAAGGCCAGCUCAUUGACGGGGACUUCAUCUCCGAGCUACUUGCUUACGCUGAGUGGGCGCACAACGGAACGACGAGAAUGUGUGGUUGCUACAAAUGGAACCCAAGGUUACCAGUGGUCGUUGAACCGCUGCAUAUUAGGGUGAACAAGGGGGAGCUUGUCAUUAUCAGGUCCAUAUUUGGUGGCGAUCAUCAGCACGCCGAGUUAUCUUCCAGCAACGGUAUGGUCUUGAUGUCCUUUGAAGAAGCUCUGGCCAUGUCCGCUGGGAGGUCCGCUACUGUGGCCGAAGACCAAAUAUAUGGCGUCCUGGGAAUAUCCAUUGGGGGUGAGAGAGUCACUGUCGAGUAUGGAAAGCGACAACCACUCGACUGGCGAAAGAUGCUGCGUAAACUGACAGACGCCGGUAUGAUCACGGACAGGCAGCUUGCCGCAGCCAGUGUCAACGAUCUCCCGGGGAUGUCCUGGCUGCCAAAAUCAGGGUGCUCAAUCUAUGGGCCAUUUUUGGAAGGAGAAAGACUUGCGGCACAGAUCCCAAGACCCCCGUUGUUGUGGACCGAGAAGGGAGCGACAGUAUUCGCUAUCGAAUUCGCAUGGGUUGAUGUGGUCAAGUCUAAUCAUGAUGGUGCAAUCAACAACCGCAUGGAGAAUAUUAACAACAUGCCUUCCCACAGAAUUCUUGGGUCAAUCAGGGUUCAAGAGAUCCUUCUAGACGUAGCUGGCACAAGCUCAGGAGCCGAAUUCACGAUGCGUAGGCUGGAGGGUACACACAUGAUGCUGUGUGACAUUUCUGGAAACCAGGCUAUCGCCAUCAGAGUAUUGAACUUUAUUAAGUAUCGACAAGGAGUCAUUGGCCGCCCUAAAUGCUUGUACACAGGAUCAGGCCUCGAAAUUCUAUAG